CAAAUCGCCGAGGUACGGCAACUGUAGUGAUAUCCACAUAUUCGAAGCUUCACCUCUAAAACUCCAAAAACUUUAUCACAUAUAGCAAUUCAACUCAUACAAUGAGAUAUCUAGAUCUUUGUUCCAACCAAUAACUCCUUCAACAGACAUGAAAAUUGAAAUAUAGUCAUCACAAACGAAUCUAGAACAACAAUGGCAAACGAUCCUCCACCUCCACCGUCCAACGGUCCCUCCCCAUCAACAUCAACACCCUCUACCGCCUCUCCCCCAUCAACCUCGGCACCACCAACCACAACGUCGAGCACACUCCCAUCCUCACCAUCAGCCUCACCAUACCCCUUCGCCUUCGCCCCCGACAUAAUCCGCGCCCACCAGAAAGACGCGUACUUCCAAGGCCUCCUCACGAACCAAAUAUCCGACCUCCACCGGCACCUGCUCGGCGCCCGAUCAGCCCACGCCUGGGCCUCCGAGUCGCGCACCCUCGCCGACCUGCUCUACCUCUGCCUAACCACCCUCCUCGGCAACCGCACGCUAGGCGAAGAGUACUGCGGGCUAGUGCAAGUAGAAGCCGUGUCCGGCGCUCUGCCAGCACUCUCCAAACGCGCCGCCUACAUCGCAGGGAGCAUCCUCGCCCCCUACGGCGUCUCCCGGCUCCUCCCCAAGAUCCGCGCCCGGAUACGCGCCCGUCUGCAAAAAAACCUUGGCCUCGGCCCCAACGACGACAGCCUGCCCGCCAAACCCCACGGACCCCGGUCCUGGUCGCACAAACUGCAAUCCUACCUCCUCGCCAACCUAACCUCCAUAACCUCCGAUGCCCCCGUCCACGCGGCCAGUCUAGCCCUCUUCUACUUCAGCGGGUCGUACUACGAGCUCGCAAAGCGUCUCGUCGGACUACGGUACAUCUUCACGCAGAAAAUAGGCGAGUCCUCCGACCGAGCCGGGUACGAAGUCCUCGGCGUCCUGCUCGUCGUGCAGAUGGCCGUCCAGGGGUACCUGCACAUCCAAUCGACCCUAACCACACUCACCCCCACCACCCCCCUCGCUCUAUCCCCAGGCACCAACAGCCCAACCGACCGCGCGCGCAGCACAGGCGCUCUCACCGUCUCCCUCGACGAAAACGCGUACUCCUCAAACAACACCCUCCUCCCGGGCGUCUCCGCCUCGCCCACAACCCGCAUCGACGUCUUAGCCGCAACACACACGCCGGGCGGGGGGCAGCCACGGUACGAUUUAGCCGAGGCGCAGAGCAUGCGAUGGAUCAAGGGGGGGCAGCAGCGGAAAUGCACGUUAUGUCUGGAGGAGCUGAAGGACCCGGCAGCGACGCAGUGCGGACACGUGUUCUGCUGGUCCUGCAUCGGGGACUGGGUGCGUGAGAAGCCCGAGUGUCCGCUUUGUCGGCGGGAGGCUUUGGUGCAGCAUAUACUGCCUUUGCAGGCUGUUUAAACGAAGGGAAAGGAGAAGAGAAGGG